AUGCUGAAGAUGCUGCAUGUCUUGAUCGGUUGUCUAGCUCUAGGAGUUAUCGCUCGCAGGCAACAGAAUCCAGGUUUCAUAAGCAUCGAUUGCAGGCCACCUAAUGAUUACCAUGAUGAUGAUUUCGACAUAUACUACAAGGCCGAUGUGGGGUUUGUCGAUUCCGGAACAAACAUGCUGGUGUCUACCCAGGUCAUCUACCAAAACAACCUACAACAAUCAAAGAACCUCAGGGCUUUCCCCAAUGGAACAAGGAAUUGUUACACAUUAAUGCCACAUGUAGGAAAGGGCAACACAUAUUUGGUCAGGGCUUCAUUUUGGUAUGGGGACUAUGAUGGCAAGAAUCAAACCCCGGCAUUUGACCUUCAUAUCGAUGGUAACUAUUGGACCACGGUGAACACUCCGUCUUGGUCAUACGCAGAGAUUGCUUACACUAUUCCAAGAGAUUACAUUCAAGUUUGCUUGGUGAAUACUGGCUCCGGAGUACCAUUCAUAUCAGCUCUCGAGUUGCGGUUACUGGAUAACUCGACUUACUAG